CCGGCCCUUGCCGGGAGCGGUGGGGGCGUGCGCAGCCCUCCCUCCUCCACCUCCGCCACCCCCGCCCCACGGGGAGAGUCGGGCUCGCGCCAUCUUGCGCCCCCCCCCUCCCCUCGCCGUGCCACCUCUCCCUUCCGACACUCUCAGCCCCCCACCCCGCCCCUUCCCAAGCGUGUCCCGGGCCGCCGCCGCAGAAACCGCACCAUCGCUACCCCUACAUCCUCCACGCGGGACACACAGCCGUGCCUACAAGUGUUCUUAGAGCAGAGAUGAAUAAUACUGCAGCCAGCCCAAUGUCUACUGCCACUUCAAGUAGUGGAAGAAGUACAGGGAAGUCUAUAAGCUUUGCAGCAGAAUUGCAGAGUAUGAUGUUUUCUUUAGGUGAUGCCAGGAGGCCUCUUCAUGAAACAGCAGUUUUGGUAGAAGAUGUAGUACACACACAGUUAAUUAAUCUGUUACAGCAAGCUGCUGAAGUUUCUCAGCUUCGGGGAGCAAGAGUAAUCUCUGCUGAAGAUCUUCUGUUUUUGAUGCGCAAAGAUAAGAAAAAACUUAGAAGGCUGCUGAAAUACAUGUUUUUCCGAGACUACAAAUCAAAGAUCGUCAAAGGCAUCGAUGAGGAUGAUCUUCUGGAAGACAAAAUGAGUGGCAGCAAUAACGCGAACAAAAGACAAAAAAUCGCUCAAGACUUUCUCAACUCUAUUGACCAAACAGGAGAACUCCUGGCGAUGUUUGAAGAGGAUGAAAUUGAUGAAGUUAAACAAGAAAGGAUGGAGAGAGCAGAAAGACAAACUCGAAUUAUGGAUUCAGCUCAAUAUGCAGAAUUUUGUGAAAGCCGACAAUUAAGUUUCUCCAAAAAAGCCUCUAAAUUUCGAGACUGGUUGGACUGCAGCAGUAUGGAGAUAAAGCCCAAUGUUGUCACCAUGGAAAUUUUAGCAUAUUUGGCAUAUGAAACUGUGGCACAGCUGGUGGAUCUGGCUCUUCUUGUGAGGCAGGACAUGGUAACCAAGGCGGGGGACCCCUUCAGCCAUGCCAUUUCUGCAACCUUUAUUCAGUAUCACAGCUCUGCUGAGGGGUCUUGCAUGAAGUCCUACCCAGACUCUCCUGAGAACACACCUCCCCCUACACCAACAGCUCCCUCAUCUGGAUCACAGCACUCAGGGAAAACCACAUCAGGACCCUUAGGGAAUGGGAGUGCUGGACAAGACUCAGCUAAAACCAAACAAAGGAAAAGAAAGAAGAGUACCGCGGCCUGUGGUGUUGAGGCUCACAGCGAUGCCAUCCAGCCCUGCCACAUCAGAGAGGCCGUUCGACGCUAUGGCCACAAGAUUGGCCCCCUUUCCCCAUUCACAAGUGCCUACCGCAGGAACGGGAUGACUUUUCUGGCCUGCUGAUGUGACUAUGGCUGCAACAACAGGAAAGGCCGUGUUAUAUUAAGGUGAUUUCUGUUCCAUGCCUUGGACAAAAUAAAAUACAAGUUUACCUUCUCCGAA